UCGACCAUACCUCGCAUCAAUGGCAUCCUAGGUAGUUUUCGCAAAAGUUUAUUUCAUGAUGCCAAAAAUAAUUUCAUACAACUUAGCCAUCGGAUGAGAUCGCCCAUCCUUGGGAAGCAUAAUCGUCAUGCUACCACCACCAACUCUAAGCUUCACAAUUCCCUCUAUCCACGAUAAUUCCAGUCUUGAUUGUCGCAUCUACCAUCCUCCAUGCUUGGUCCCUACUUCUAUCUCCCAGGCUAUACCAUGGAGAAAGAGAGCCGCCAUCGUUGCGCAUCCUUAUGCACCCUUGGGAGGAAGCUAUGAUGAUCCUGUAGUGGAUUUGGUUGCUUCUACUGUUUUGAAGCAGGGAUUUGUUGUAGGGACUUUCAAUUUUCGGUACUUAUAACUAUGCAACUUCUAUAAUGUUAUUGGAUUCUAGUUUUACUUACUAUCCAUUAGUGGUGCCGGCUCUUCGAAAGGACAUACUUCAUGGUCUUCCCUACCUGAACAAAAUGAUUAUAUAUCAUUUAUCGGAUUCAUCGUAACCUAUUUGCAUCACCUUACCGUGCCCUAUUCGUCCAGUGCACCGUCAUUUACACAAUCUGAUCCCCAACUCCAAGACCUCGCUCCUAUUCGGUCACAAGGCCCAUUGGAAACUACAAAUGAUAGUUCUUCAGGUAAAAACACGCCUGCCGGGUCGAGUCCUGGAGGGUUCGAAGCGCAGCCUAUUCUAUUACUUGCGGGCUAUUCAUAUGGAACUCUCAUCACAAUUAACCUCGACCCGAGCCUUCUGGCUAUUCUUGCUCCAUUUCAACAGCCAGUCUCUGGUAGCCCGUUCGCAGACAUAAGAUCUCGAGCACGAUUCUUAGCCACUCAACAGAACGAGGUAAUUGAAACUGCAUAUUCAUUACUUCGAGCGGGAAACCAUAGACGAGGCCGUAGUUUACAAUUAGGAGAACAGAUGAUGGAUCAUAAAAAUCGACUAUCUAGCUCGGGGGUUAGAAUGGGUGGUGAUGAAGAUAUUAGAAGGGCUAGUCAUGAUCUACAUGGUUCCGGAGUGAGACGAUCAUUCUCCGUGGAUGCACCAUUAAAGGUUAGAAAGAGCGUAGACAGAAUCAAGUCUCUCGUUCAUCAUGGGUCUCCAAAAAGAGGAUGGAGCUAUACUUCGAUGCCUAUGGGUCAGGAUAGCGAUUCAAAUGCAGAAAAUUCAGAUGGGCAUACUCCUGAUAGGAAAGUCGAAUCCGCUGGUAGCCUUGGGGAUGAUAUCAAACUUGCCUACUUACUCAUUUCCCCUUUACCUCCUGAUGGCAUGAUCAACAACUUAGCAAGUAUCGGAAGUUUCAAACCGAAUUUUCUAUUCGGGAAGCAAAACCACAAAAUGGAAUCCGAUAUUAAGUUCACAAUUGAUCCUACGCUGGUCCUCUAUGGAACUGGUGAUCUUUUUGUUCAAGCCAAAACUUUUGAACGUAAGUGAACUGAUCAAUCCAUCACCUAAACUUGAAAGAACAGGCACUAAGUAUUAGCUUACAGGCUGGACCGAAAAAUUGUCGGGUAUAUGCAAAGGUAGAGAACCAGGGAAUGCGACGACUUUUAGAUAUGAAGAGAUAGCCAACGGGGAGCACUUCUGGAGGAAUUCUACAGCUGCAAGGGAACUGAAAGAGAACAUUAGAAGGUUCUUGGUAAAGAUUCUUGGGUGAGUUGCUUAGGUAGAUGUUAUAGGGUAUUAAUGAUCAAUGGUAAUGAUAAUGAAAUCACUAGAUACGAAGAUUUCUUUUGGAUCUUCUCUUCGAUUGAUUGUCCUUCGGAUCUGAUGAUAUAUGAUUCCAUAGCUGAGUUCAUACCAAAUUAUGACAACCACAAUACAGCGUUAACAUGCAUAGCUUACGCUAAAACUCGUCGCAACGGUGAGUUCUCUUCAUAUUACGGAGUACAGGAUGCUGUGAUGUUAUAUAGUAUAACAGUCUAAUGAUCUAUAUUCUUUUUUUUGAGGUAAUAAUUCUAUUUAUAUUUAUACUCAUACCCACCCCUAUAUUCUGAAAAGUUCCAGGGCAUUAGAGUACGUAGGAUUGUUUAGAUCUCGAUGUAAAUAGGUAGUAGAGGGUAGGGGAUGAGCGAAAGGGAAUAGGCAAUAAGCGAAGAUGUGUUAGGGAUUUGAAUUGGAUUGGAUUGGAUUGGAUUGGAGGGAAUUGAAUGUUGCAAGGUUGUAAGGGUUAUAUCCAAUCUAGAUCUAUUAUAAGUGUAUU